AUGAGGAAGGAAAAUAGGCAAUCAACUUUAACUGGAUCUACUAGUAGUAGCACAGUAGCAGGGUCAACAGGCGCUACUGCUGUCAAAAGGGGAUAGGUUACAGCAUGUUAGAUAUGCUAGAAAAAGUUUGGUACAUUUAUGAAGGAACAUUAGUGCAAAAGAUGCACUAGAGCUGUUUGUGAUGAUUGCUCUAAAUCGAAAUCAAAAAUAAUAGGUUAUGAAGUAAAGCCAAAUGUUGCACAUAGAAUUUGCAAAUUUUGUAAAGAAGAAAGCGAUUUUUAGAGUGAACUUAGAAUGAAAAAUAAUUUAAGCUUUGGACACGAUAGCGAGAUUGCAGUUAAGUGGUGUUAAAGUCUGGAUUUAAUUAGUGAGAAGAACAAGAUCUAGGAUUUGCAGUAUUUAAGAGUUCAAUUUGAAAAUUAGUAAGCGAAGAAUAUUGCUGUACCUUUUUCUUACAAUUAGUUUAGAAGGGAUUUGAAUUAUUCGCAUUUAGAGUUUAUUCAUUAUAUUUGCAUUAAGGAAGGAGAAGAAAAAUUAGACUUGUUUAUCAAGAAUAUUAUUUAAAAGCUAGCUGAAAAGUUAGGUUGGAAGUUUGUUCCACCUAAAUUAGACCACUUAAUUUUUUAUUUGUUGUCUUUUUGCUCUGACUUUGUUGCUUUUCAUAUAAUUUGCCAUUUAUAUGAAAGAAUGCUGCCAGAGUAUGCUCUUGAGUACCUCACAAAUAGCUCUGAUGAUAAUUUGAUUGAGAGCGAAAUUUGGAAUUCUGCUAGACAGGUUCUGAUUGUUUGUAUUAGAGAUACCUUCAAUUUCAAUGAUGUCGAAACAAAAGCAGUUAAUGCAUUUAUUCUUAACGAAGGUAGAGAGAUGAUUUCAACUAUGAUGAUUAAUGAUGUUACUUUCUAGACUUUCUACCAUACAUUCGAAGAAAUGAUGAGCGCUACAAAAUUUGAAGAAUGGGAAAAGUCAUUCCUUGCGCUAAUUAAAUACAAUUUGAAUUCCAUCAAAGACCCAAAAAUAGACACUAAAUAUGCCAUACUAAGAAACACAAAAAUCAUGGAAAUCAAAAAGAUUAAGAAGGAUUAUGAGAGCUAAUUGAAAGAUAUUUCUUAAAAGAUAAAUAAAAGAAGUGGGAGUAUAGUUAGAUUAGAUUCUAUUAGUGAAAUAGAAAAGCUCAGAGAGUAGUUGGAACAUAAAGAAAAAGAGCUUAGUUAGCUAAAAAGCAAUACUUUUGAGUUAUCUCCCAAAAGCUAUUAGGCUAAAGAGCUGAUUGGAGAAUCUGCAGAUGGUGAGUACAAUUUUGAAAUAGCAGAAAAUCAAUUUAAAAUUAAUCAGGAAUAAUAGCAAAAUUUUUUAAAUGAUCUUAGUAAGCUUGAAUAGACUUUGCUUUAAUCUUAAGAGAGAGAGGAAGUCCUUAAUGCAAAAGUAAAAUAGCAAAAUGAGAAUUUCGAUAAAGAAAUAAAUGAAUUAAAAACUCAAUUGCAAAGCUUGAAGAGUAAAAGUGAGUUUUAAGAACAAGAGUUAUAAAAGUAUUAAAAUGAAAUUUAAGCUAAAAAUCAAGAAUUUUAGCAUUUAAAAUAGCAAAUUAGCAUGGCUGAAGAAAAAGAAAAAACUGUCAAAGAUUAAAUGGAAUAAGACAAGAAUAAUUAUUUAAAUUAAAUUAAUGAUUUCAAUCAGUAAAUAGAGAAUUAUAAGAAAUAAAUAGAACUUAAUGAGAGUCAAAUUCAUAAUUAGUAAACCAGCAGUAGCUAAAAAGAAGAAGAAAUUAACAGAUUGUACGAGAAUAUGAAAAAUGAAAAAGAAAAAAUAUCUUUGGCAUUAGAAUAGAAGGAGAAAGGCCAUAUUUUGAUUUUAAGUAACAUGGAAGAAUAGCUAAAGAUUAAAGAGAGUUAAUUGAUUGAUGUAAGAAAAAUCUAAGAAAGUGAAAAAAUUAAGCUCACUGAAAUGGUUGAAAAAGUCGAAGAGUUAAAAAAAAUACUUUCAGAAAAGAGUUCAAAAGAAAUAGAAUUGGUGAGGAAUCACGAGGAAGCUAUUCAAAAAGAAAGAGAAAAUUAUGAGGUUCUUUUGACAGAAAAGUAAAAGCAAUGGGAUAUUAAAGAAAAUAAUUUUAAUGAAUAGAUAAAAGAAGUUAAUGAAAAAAUGUCUAAAUUAGAGUAGACUAAGAGUGAAGAAAAAAAGAAUUUAACUAAUUAGAACAGCUAAUUGUAGGCUAGUAUUUUAUCUUUAGAAAGUAAAUUGAAGUCUGAAUCUGAAAAGCUUGCUUAAUCUGAACAGUAAAUUAAAAAACUAUAGAUGUCCUCCUCAGAUUUAAUUAACGAUUAGAAUUCUAAAAUAACUGCUUUUGGUUCUUAAGUGGAGGGCUUACUACUUGAAAUCGCAGCACUCAAAGAGUAAAAUAAAAAGUAAAAAGAACUUGAAAUUUAAAUUGAAAACUUGUCUUGCUAAAACAAGAAAAUGGAAAAUGAAUUAAAUAAAAAAGCUAUGAAUUUAUAACAAGUUGAAGAGUAAGAAAAAGAUUUGAAAAAGUAGUUAAAAAUUCUUGAAGAAAAAAUUCAAGAACAUGAAAGCAGCUUUUCAGCUUUGUAGCUAGCAGAAAACGAAAAGUAAGCCUUGCUCAAGUAGGAGAUAGCAUCUCUUGGUGAAAAAAUAAAAGAGAUUGAAACUCAAUCAGAUAAAAGAAAAGAAAAAAUUGGAGAGCUAGAAAAGAGCUUAGCUGAAAUUUAAUAGGUAAAAUCAGCUUUGGAAGAAUAAAUGGUCAAACAGAAGUCUGAGUUUUCAUCUUUAGAGUUGGUUCUUUCAUAGGAAAGGGAAAAGAAUAAGGAAGUAUUAGCUAAUAUGAAAAAAUAAUCUUAAAAAGAGAAGGAAGAGUUUGAAAAUCAAAUCAGCUAGCAAAAAGAAUAGCAUGAAAUUAAGCUUAGAGAAACUUUAGAAGCAAAUUCAGGAAAAGAAUUGUAAGAAUAGAUUGAGUAAAUCAAGGAGCAGUAUUAGAAAUAAAACAAAGAGUUGAGUGAGAAAUGCAACGAAUUGAAUUUAAAAUUAGAAAGCUAAAAAUAAGAAAGAGAGAAAGAGGUUACUGAAAUGAAGGAAUAAUUGAAUUAGAAGGGUGAAUCUAUUCAUUCUAUGAUCAAAAAACACGAAGAAGAUGUGAUAAAUUAGAAAAAGCAGUUUGAAAAUGAAAAAGAAAAAUUAACAAAGUAAUUUAAUGAUGAAAAAUCUUAAUUAGAAAGUUAGUUAUAAGGUAAGGAGACUUAAUUUAUAGCUUUGUAAAGCUAGUUGAGUUUAGUCUAGUAGGAACUGCAAGAAAAAGAAAAGUAAAAAAAGAACUAAGAGUAAGAGCAUUAAAAGAUUUGUAGAUAGCUUGAGAAUACAAUUGCUGAAAAUAAGGCUUAAAUUGAAUCAAUUAAUAAGCAAAAUGAUGAAAAAAUAUCUAGUUUAUUAGAAGAAAAUAUUUUGAAUGUAAAAAAUAUUGAAGCAAGAUAUGUACAAGAAAAAGAAACAUUGAAUUCUUAAUUGAGUGAAUAAGAUAAACAAAUCAAAGUAAAAAUUAAUCAGAUUUAAGAAGAACUGUCAAAAAAAAUAUCUAGCUUUGAAGAAUUAAAUUAAUAGUUUGUUAGCUUGGAAGAAGAAAAAAACAAUUUAAAAUAAUAAAUACUUAGCUUGGAAGAAGAAAAGCAACAAUUAGAUUUGCAGACAAAGCAGAAGUAAUAGGAAUUUGAAGAAAAAGAAUUAAAUAGGGAAAAAUAAAUAGAAGAAAUUAAUAAAAAUCAUGAAAUAUAGAUGUAAAAAAUGUAGACAGAGUUAGAUUCCAAGGUAGUUUUAAUUAAUGCUGCAAACGUUUAAUUGGUCUAAGCAAAGAGUAAAAUUGAAGAAUACAAGAAUUUGUAUUCUUCUCACAAGGCUGAUUUAGAAAAGUAAAUAUAAAUAAAUGAAGAAAGGGAAUAAAGUUUCUUAAACAAAGAAAAAGAAUGGAAAGAGAAACUUGAUUAAAAAAAUUUAACUUUAAGUGCUUUUUAUGAAAAUUAAAGCCAAAUUUCCUAAAAAAACGAAGAAAUUCAAUAGCAACGUAUCAAGCAAUAUGAACAAUAAAUGACAUAGGUGUAAUCAAGAUUUGAAAACGAUAUAUAAUAAUUACAAGCCAAACACAGCGCGGAUAUUUCUUCUAUUGAACAAAAGUUUUAAUAAGAAAUAAAGCAAAUGGAAAGUAAACUAAAGCAACAAGAAAUUCUCCACGAAUAAUUGCUUAAACAAUAAAAAGAUCAACUUGAAUAAGAGCAUAACUAGGAAAUAUAGUCUUUGUAAUCAGAAGUGAAUUAAAAGGAAGAUAAAAUAAACUAAAGCUUGACCUAAAUUAAUCAGUUGUAAGCCUAGAUUGAUUCUAUGAACAAUGAAAAGAAAGAAAGCACCAAUAAAAUUAUAGCUUUAGAAAAAGAGUCAGCUCAGCUGAAAUAAAAACUCACAGAAAUCAAGAACCCUGAAGAAAUUCAACAUUAAAAAGAUGAAGGAGUUCUCAAAUAAUAAUAGCAACAAAUUUAGAAGCUAAAUGAAGAAAUAAUUUUAAUCAACAAUUAAAAAAAUUAAUAUGAAUAAGAAAUUAGAUAGCUUAAAUUAACACUUUAAAACAGCAUUAAGUCUGCAAAUGAUUUAGAUUAAGAAAUUAGUAAUUACCAGGCAUUCAGAAAUUCUUAUUCCUCUUAAUCAAUUCAUGAAGCAGAAUCUAGCCACAGCUUAAAUGUAUCACCAACACACAUUCCAAAAUUAAAUAUGAUGGCUCUAAGCAACAGAGAAACUAAUGAAUUCAUUUCACCCAGAGGACCUGCAAGUGCUAACUCUAAAUAAAUAGAAUUAUAACUUCAAGUUAAAUCUCUAGAAAAUAAAAACAAGGAAUUAAAAGAGAGUCUGCACCAAUUUAAUUAAGUUUAAAAAAUUAAUACUGAGAUGAAAAAACUUCUUGAAGAAAACAGAAAAUCAAUCAAAGAAUUAGAAACUGAACUCUAACUUAAAAAAUCUGACAACGAAUAAAUGAAAACAGAAAUUCAGAAGUUGAAAGAAGCUCUGAUUGACUUUGAAAGUUUUGAGGAAAAGCUCUUAGAAAUGCGCUAAAUUGACAUGAAUCGCUUUGAAUAAGUAAGAGACAAAAUAGACGAUUUAAAAGAAGUUUCAUAAUCUAAAAUAGAACUCGUAAAUAUUAUAUAAAUGUUUGCUUUGAACUUCAAAAAAGAGUUAGAUGACAGAAACGAAAAAAUCAAGCAAUACUUAAAAAAGAUAGAAAAAGUAAGCAUUCAAUUCAGAGAAAUUUAAGAGUAGCAUUAAGAAAUGGAAUAACUUCUACUAUCCAAUAAAAUUGAAAUCUCUCAUAUUGUAGAUUAAAAUCAAAAAAAUUCAUAAUACCAGUAAAAUACUUUGUAUAGAUCCAACUCAUAAUCUAGUGAUUUUGAUAGAAGAUCUAUUUCAUCUGAUCUGCCAGAAUUCACCAUCCCCAACAGAGUAAGACCAUCUAAUGAUCCUAACUUAGCUAGAGACCAUAAUACCACAUGCACAGGAGGUGAGUGCAAUAUAUUUUGA